AUGUUAAGAUCUAGCUUUCUUUUGACUCCCAAAAGAGUAGCUUUGGCCGCCACCAAGUUGUCUGGAUACAGCUUGUCACGUGCAUACACUGCCAGCAAUCACGUCGCCUUUUAUGCCACCAGCUCCAAUAACGAAGAGGUGGAGUACGAAAUCGAUAUCAUCACCUUAACUAAAACCCCCAAGAACAAACCAAGUAAGACAUCGAUAAAUGAUUUGGUUAACUUGAAAUUGAUCAAUUCUUCCAACAUUGACAAAGCCUUGGUCGAGCAGUCCAUUAACCAGGUCAACCAACUGCUUGAUGAGGAUUUAAACAAGUUUGUGUUGCGGUACUCAGUCGAGUUAAAUGAUUUUUUGCAGUUCAUCCGGUCUUCCUAUGAAAACAAGAUCCACAACUUCAACCAGUUGACAUCAGUGGAGAUUUUGAACUCCUUGUAUAUUUUCAAGGAUUUUUACUUGAAGAAUAAAAUCCCCAAAAUUACCAGGUACAACUACAUCAGCUACAACUACAUGUUUGACAACUUUUUAAAGUGCUUGAAAAAAUUCCCCAACUUGCCUGAAAUCUUGAAUGACUUGCUUUUGCUCAACAACCAGGGAAUCGACUUGUUAAAUUUGGGUAUCAGCAAGUACGUUGAAGAUUUGGAGAUUCUAAACAGGAGGCUCGACUUGUCAGACCAUUCUCUCACGUUUGAUGACUUUAUUCGGGAGAUUCAGAAAACCAUCAACUUCUACGAGUUCAACUUGGACCUGUUUGGCCGCAGCAAGGUGUUUACUGAACCAUUUUACGAAAGCUUCAUUCAGGCUAAUCGUUUGAAGAAUUUGAAGUCGAUCUUGACAAAAGUUCCCAACAUCGAACCGGUUGAUUUGGGGUGUUUGAUUAAGAACAAGCACUUCUUGAAGAUCGUCGAGUCAUUGAAUGCGGAUGCAGCAAGCCUGCAAUCUUCCAAGUCUGUAAACUUGAAGUUCUUGAAGUUCAUCAUUCCUGAUUCAGAUUCCAAUUACUUGCAAAUCAUUUCUGCUUUGAACCAGUUGAAGAGUCAGAAUGGUGCAAACAAGAUCCCUUUAGUGGAUACGAUGCAUAGUAGCUUGGUUGCCAUGAGCUGUAGUGGCUCUAUUUAUCCUUAUCAUAAGCCAUUGAACUUCCCUUUGACUCAAUUCAAGAUUUCCAAUGAUUUAGUCCGCAACUUUGAAUUUUCCAUGGUGUUCGACCAUAAAUUGUUCCUUUACAUCGAUGAGUUGAAGGCUUUGAACUCAAUGGGAAUUGACUUGUCGAGUGCCGAUGCUGUUAAUAAGAUAGGAGGUUUGAAAUUCAAGAGUGACUUGUUGGCGAUGAACUUUAAGUCUUUGGCUACACAAUUAUCUGAAUUUUUCAAAUCUGUAACAACAGAAAACACUGAUUGUUUGUUCAAACUCGUCGAAAACAAAAAUUGGAUGGACUGGUGUCAAGAGAAUUAUCACUCAAGAAUCCCCAGAUUAUUGGUUGACUAUUCAAAUUUAUCCGACUAUCCUUACAAAUCUAUCAAGAUCAGCACUGAAUUAUCGAGACUUUUACCAGCCUUGUCCAAGUUUUCUUUUGAAAACGAUAUCAAUCUUUCGUGUUUAAGCUUGGAUUACUUGUUGUCAAUUUUCAAAGAUUCUACUGUUGGCCUGGAAGUUUUGAGGAAAUUGUAUUUGAACCACGGGAAUGUUUAUUUGCAAAACUUGCAGGGAUUAUUAGAAGAUUUCAAUAAUCUUCAAUUCACUCUUCUCAAGUUUGAUUUACCCAAAGUGAAGGCUACCGAGGGUAAAGAUUUCAAAGACUUUACCCAAUUUGAAUUAGAAAAGCAUUUUGGUUACAUUCUGACUUUAAUUAAUGAUCCUUUGAUCUUGGACAACUUGGAUCAGUUGUACAGGGAAAACUCUCCACUUAAUUCAAUUGAUGCAAAACAGGUUUUAACUCAGUUAUCCGCUUUCAAAUAUGAGUUAGAGAUUUUGAAGGUUGAUGAGCUUCAAAAUAACUUUGCAAACAUCACCAGUGAUGAACUUUUGUUCAAGUUGGACAGGCGGAUAAAGGAAAUUUUGAGUAACUUGAACUCAAAUCCACAAUCGAGAUUGGGACCCACAAACGUAAUCAAGUUUAUCGAAUUGCAGAAAUUAUUAACCAAAUUAUUUACGGUUCAAGACGACUGCAGUGAAUUAGAUAAGUUCAUUGAAUACAGGCAGAUCCCUGAAAGGUUUAACUUACAUGAUUCUUCGCCAGACUUGUUCAAAAUUCAUCAGUUUAUUGGAAAGAACUAUAAGGAUUGCUCCAUGGGCGAGAUCUUGGAAGCAGUUAACAAUUAUACAGAAAGUCUUCCAGAACUGAGCACUUUUGACCGUCAAAGAUUUUUCCGUUUGUCAAUUAAAAUGAAGCAAUUAUUCAGACUCACUGGCGGGUUCACUGAUGUUUUGGACUCUAUCAUUGCUAACCAGGUUGAGUUUGAAAAGUUGGAAAGCAAAUUGUUAUCUUCGAAAAGAAGAAAAUUUGAAGCCAAGCCAUUAAUUGUGAAGAUAGUAAAGGAUAUCCCCGAACUGGCCAAGCCUAAAAAGACUUAUGUUCAAAUUCCAGACGAUUUGAAGAUCCACGAAUUUGCCAAAGAAUUGAACAGCUUGAAGGUGUUUGAAUUUGAAGGUAAAGAGCUCGGUAGCUUUACUCCUUCUGAAAUCCAAACUCUCUUGGAUGAGAGAAUUAACCAGUUCCUUGAUGGCUCGGUAUCACCAGACUGCUAUAUUAACGAUAGCAAUGUCGAAUGUUAUAGCAAGUUGUCCAGUAAAUUGGGGCAUUUGUUUGCAGUCAAUGGAGGACACACUGAUGUCUUAGAUGCUAUUAUCAACAGUGAACUAGUGUUUGAGUCAUUUGAAAAGCGUAUGGCACGGAAAGAAAAAACCUACAGACCGUUGCCAGAUGAUUUCAGGUUGCAAGAAUUCGUUCCUGAGAUCCAACAAGUGCAAAGUGAGCUUGAGAAACAAACAAAAGCUCAGAUUACAAACUUCAAGUUCUCCGAGGUCGAUUCUUCUGAAGUGUUGAAGGCGCUUAGCCUGAUGAUUGAAAAUGAAAAGAGGUUCAAUCUCACCAAGCGUGAAAACUUUGCUAAGUUGUUGAAGAAUUUGAAAGUCUUAUUUAAUUACAAUGGUGACAAUACUUCUGUUUUGGACAAUAUUUUGAUAAACCACGAGGUAUUGACUCAAGUUGCUUCCAAGCCAAAGGCUCAAGUCAAAUCGGAUAUGCUGGCUUUUGUUGAUUCGUAUAAAGAAUACUUACCACAAUUCUUUGCCACAGGGUUCAAAAACUACGAUUUGGUCAAUUUCUAUGAUCUUUCAAGUGAAGAUUUUUCAAAUAAAGUCAAACUGUUUAUCAGCCAUAUCAAAAAAGACUUUAAAUACCAGUACCCAACCUACAAGGAUUUCACAGAGAAGUUAGUGGCUUUAUAUGAACAAGAUCCUAUCAAUUUGGCUAUUUUGUUCAAGGUUAAUGAAGCUGAAGGACAUCCAGAUAUAUACGCAGUCAAGAAGGAAGUCAGCACCUUUAUGGAUAAAUUAUCUAAGAACAAAGAUUUGUACUCGAAAGAGGAUCCAGAACCUGGGGUUCAAUUCCAGAAAAGUACUGAAGUUCCGUACGAGAAGUUUAACAUUCAUGACUUUAAACUGAAAUCAGAACCAAAGGUUCAGGAAUUCAAGAGAAGUAUUGAAGUUCCUGUUGAAAAGCUUGACACAAAUGACUUGUACUUGAAAGAUUCAGAAUCCAAUGUUCAACAAAAGAGCAUCGAAGUCCCACUCGAAGAGUCAUGCAACCACGACGUCAAGCUGACACCAGUGAAUGGCGAAGACGUGAACUACAAUCAUGGAACAAGCAAGUUCAACAUUAAGGAAAGUACUAUGGAAGACUCUGAAUUGUUUGUACGGAACCAGAUUUUUCACCAGGUAGAGAAUAAAACUGGUUCUGCAGGGGAUUUUGAGGAUUUGUUGAAGAUGACUCCGGAAGAAAUCAGAUCCACUUACCACGCGAAAGCCAAGUUGGACAAAUUAAACAUCCAGAACUACUUGGAAAAUGUAAACGAACAGAAGAAACUCAGAGACGAAGAAGAAUUUAGACAAUUGAAGGCAUUUGAAUGGAGUAACAAUAAAUCCAGGUCUUUGGACGCAAAAACCUUCUUUGACCCUUGGAGUGAAAGAAGCCAGGAUCAUUUGCAGUAUCUUAUUCUUACUAUGGAUGGAGAAAAGAUCAUCACCGAGGAAAAUCCUUUGGGUAAAGAGCAAUUUGAGGAUUUACUUGCAGUGUUUGACAGAUUCAACGAAGCUGAGAUGAGUAAGUUUAUCAAAAAUAUCAACAGAUUGCAACAAAAGUCCUGGAAGUUGAUAGGUGGAGGAGCUGGUAAUUAUGGCAAGAUGUUGGUAUUCACAAAAUCUAAGUCCAAAUCCUCUAUGAGGGGGAUCUUCAGGAAGAUCCAAACGGUUUUGGCUGCAACUGGUGCUACCUUCAUGGUUCUCAUUGGUUUGAACUACUGGUUGGAUGCACCACAAACUCAAACCAUCUCCGUACCACCCAAGGAAGAGGUUGCAGAAAAAGUCAUUGUUUCAGCAGAGCCAUUGUCGCAGACUCAAGAUGGAGUUGAAUCCCAAUCUCAAGCAGGCUGGUUUUGGAAAUAA